GUGAGAGCAGGAGAUAGUGAGUGUGUGUACGGCAGUAAGGCAGGACAGUUGGACACUAUUUUGGAGCACUUAGCCCAGAGGAGGACGGUAACUGGACCAAUCCAUUUUUGCUUUCAGGAUCUUAAGUACAGGCGGCGGGAAGAUGGCUAUUAAAUUCGACGAUGUUCUACUUCGGCUAGGGAUGGGACGCUGGAACCUACCUGUCAUCCUUAUCAUCUCCUAUUGGACAAUGAAUGUGCCGAGUCAUACGCUAGGAGGGGCUUUCUUGGCGCCUGCUAUCGACGUCACCUGUAUCCUACCUGACCAUGGGCUUCCUAAGAUCACCUCCCUUGACGGCUCCAACCAGACCACAGUGGAUCAGUGUGUGUACCUGGAGGAGACGAAGGAAGGGGCGCUGAAGGAGAGACCGUGUACUCAAUGGUAUUAUGACAACUCCACCUUCAUCACUACCAUCACCUCAGAGUUCAACCUGGUAUGUGAGCACAAAGUAUGGAGAGCGACUUUCCAGAGUAUCUAUUUGUUUGGCCUCCUUGUCGGCUCCUCCAUCAAUGGAUUCUUCUCAGACACGUACGGGCGUAAGAGGAUGCUGGCAGUGGCGACUGUGGUCUAUUGCACGUUAGCUAUCUGCAUUAGUUGGAUUCCCGACUUGUCUGCUAUACUGGUGGCUCGAUUUAUUAUGGGCGUCAUGCACCCAACCUCCAAUCACUCAGGAUACACUCUAGCCAUGGAGAUGACCAAGAGGAAGUACCGGGCGCUGGUAGGGACGCUGAUCUUCUUCCCCUGGGGGCUAGGCACCAUCUUGUGGGGAGGUAACGCUUAUCUCAUCCGUGAGUGGCGAUGGCUCCAACUGGCCGUAUCUCUACCUGCUCUCCUCUUCCUCCCCUCACUCUGGUUUAUGGACGAGUCGCCGCGGUGGCUUAUCGUCCAGGGGCAACAUGACCGGGCCUUGAAGGUGCUGGAGAAGGCCGCCCGCUUGAACAAGGCCACAUUACCUCCCCGGGACCAACUGCUUACCAUGAUGCAAAACAUUGCCAGUGAGGCGGAGAGUGUGCCUGAGAAGCGACGUCACCAGAGGGGACUAACCAAAGUAAUGGGUAAAUUCUUGGACUUCGCCAGAUCGUACAUGAUACUCGUCAGGACGAGGAGGAUGAGGCGCUACACUCUGGCAAUGUAUGUGUGUUUCACGGUCACUGGUCUAGGGUUUUACGGCCUGUCUCUCAGCGGCAGCACACUUGGCAUCAACCUCUUCGUCUUUAUGGCGUUAUCUGGGACCGCUGAGCUACCCGGUAAAGGUUUGAGUGGAGUUAUCGUCGAACGCUUCGGCAGGAGGAAUGUAAACAUCAUUUGCUACGCCUUGACGGCGCUCUCACUACUAGCAGUUCCAUUCGUACCAACAGGGUCGACCUGGUUGAUCGCCGUUUUGUCGCUAUUAGGGAAAAUCACCAUCAGCUUCAGUUACACCAUCAUCUUCCUUCACUGUGCUGAAUGCUUCCCUACCGAGGCUCGAACCCGUGGUCUCGGCACCUCCACCAUUAUGGCUCAAGUUGGAUCCGUGUGUGCUGCUUUUGUGGUAGAAUACCUGGGGUCGGUGGCUAUCUGGGCCCCGUCUGUGCUCUUCGGUAUGUCGUCAUUAGUGGCCUCCGCCGUGAUGCUGACGCUACCCGAGACCCGAGGUGCUGCUCUCCAUGAUACCGUGGUGACCCUGGAGGCUCGACCAUCUAAUAGCAGGUCCGUACGGAAGAAAAACCAGAUGAGGAAGACAGCUGAGACAACUUUAAGAACAUAAGAAAAAAAGGAGUGUGCAAUAGGGCGGUUGGCCUGUGCAUGGCAGCUCCUGUCGAGAGUUACUACCACUCUCUAUCGUCC